AUUUAUUACAUCCCAUCAAAUAUUAAACAACUGUUAAUACAUCCAGAUUAUUGAUGCACCAAUACUCCUUCAUUUCACUGAGGAGCAUGUUUAUUAUGUUGAUGAUGCCAUCAUCUACAAGCAUUUGACUGUAUUUAUGAGUCAAUACAAAUUCAAGUUGUUGUCUCUUCUGUAACUACCUGUCCAAUAGCUAGUUUUACAGUUUAUACAACUAAAUCCAUGCAUGAACAAUGUGCGAGUAUAUUUGGGAUUGAAAAAAAAUCAUUUUCAUUAUACCUGAAAAGUGACACUUACACUGAUAAACCAAAAACAAAGCACAGUGAAUGUAAAAUGUGGGUGCUUUCCCGCAAGACGGUUGGGUUUUUUUUUUUGUUUUUUUUUUUUUUUAGCAUCGGAUAACAAUGACACAUUUUGAUAAACUACUUCUAACACUAAAUCUUUCACAGCACUGAAUGGAAUGUUAACAAAUAAAAUAACUCAUCACAAUGCUGAUAAGGUUUCUUUUUUGUUAUAAUUCAUCACACAACUUUUACUUAGACACAAAUAAUGGCUAGAUGUACAUGUUUCUAGCUCAAAAUGUGCAGCCUGUUGUCUUAUUCACUGUCCCUGACAGCCACCAGUGCUGCUUUAGCUGCACCAAAUGCUGAAUCGCUAGCAUUGCCAUGAACAAGCUCCAUAUGUUCACCUAGAGUGUCUUCCAGCCUUUUGUGGACCAGAGUAUUUUGAGACAAAACUGAACCAGAGGCAAUCACUCUACUUACUCCAUGCUUAGCCAAUAAUUCUGGAGACAUCAGAUGAAAAAUGUUGUCCACAAUGCCCUUUGAAACUGCUCUGAAAUUUGCACCAAGUGAAGCAUUACAUGGACUGAUCCCCAAAACCUGAGCAAGCAUGUGUGGGUCGUGACGUUCUCCAAGCACAGUAGGCUUUAUCUGCAGGGAACCUGAUGGUGAACUGGCUUUACCAAGUGACAACAUUUUUUCAAGCAAGAUUUUGUCAGGAAUAGAUUCAUCCAAAUCUGGAAGAAUAAUUUUUUUUUAAAUUGACAAUGGAUAUUACGAUAAUACUAGAACACAAAACUGUUUCAACAAAAAAUAGUAUUUAGUACUUCUCUUUAAAACUAUAAAAAUUGUAACAUCUUGGGCUUACACUUUUCAACCAAUUUGUUAAUGCUCAUGUUCACCAUUGUUGUUUAUUCAAGAAACUAGAGCGUUCAUUAUCAUGCGAUUGUGGUGAGUUGAACUUGUCUCAUAAAACUCGACUAGAACCUGAACUUUGCUGCUCAAGGAUUGAUUCUUGAAGACCAUAUAUAUAUAUAGUAAUGCCACCAAUUUGCAAGGCUAGGCUGAAACGCCAUGACAAACCUGAUCUAGGGUAAAACAUCAGCAACCCACUAACCUUUCCUGUACAAAUCUGUGUUUGCUUUUUAAAGUUACAUGUCACUGCUAUGUAUUCUGUCAGCAUGUCAAUAAAUAUGUAAUGACACGUGUCAAUAGUGUGUUUUGUCAGUGGUCAAUGGAAGCACGAUUUGACACAGGUGUCAUAUAUAUUGGCAGUGGGUCAAUGGACAGUAUGUGAUGACACAUGUCGGCGGCCACCUUCCCUUUGAAGCUGAAAUAAAUGGGGUGGCAAAUUUCCACAGAGCAAAUCGGGUGACUGUGGCCGUCAACAACACCCUGUCUCCCACCACACUGCCACCCGGAUCUUUGACAUUCGGGAGCGACCCUCAAAAGUAUCCUCCAGGCUACAUCAUACAGGAGAUGCAGCACAUGGACUUCUUCAACUACGCUGGCAUUCACCGCCAUGUACACCUGUACACCACCCCACGGUCCUACAUCGACGACAUCACUAUUGUCACCUCAUUUAAUAAUGUUGGAGAUAGUGUGGACGGUAUUGUGACCUAUGACAUAACCACAAUGGGAGGUCAAGCCAGAGCACCAGGAGAUGUGCAGGUGGCCAUAGUCAACAAGGACGGGACGGUUGUAGCGCAGCAAAGCAACCAGCUUCAGGGCCCCAUCACCAUCACCAACGUCCACCUGUGGUGGCCCUACACCAGCAAGCCCAGCAAGCCCGGGUACAUGUACAUCACGCUUAAGGUAAGCAUCUCCGGUGACGUCUACCGUCAGCCGCUUGGUGUUCGAACAGUCGCCGUCACCGACAGCCAGCUGUACAUCAACGGUCGUCCCUUCUACUGCCUGGGUGUGGGCAAACACGAGGAUGCAGAUGUAUGUUAAGUGUUUGUGUAACGAAUGCAACUGUUUAUGUGCCGGAAAAUCGCGACAAUAAAAAUUGUUUAUUCACUCAGUUUAACUGGAGAAGGUAGUAACAAUAAGAAUCUUGUACCGAACUCACUAGUCAUCUGGAAAAAAUUAUCUUAAUAAUAUUAUAUUAACUCCCAUUGGUCUGCCGAUUUUUGUGUACCUGCAUGCAGGACCAGCUGAGGCUGCUCUUCGUUGUUUCGGCCAUGUAACUUGUGAAUGUUACUAUGUUUGAAUGAAUGCAGCUGUCCGAAACAUGAAUGCAUGAGUCUGUCAAAUACGGAUAGGUUAUGGUAUUGUUUUGUGCUUUCACCUUGAGCUGCCCUGAAUUGCCCUCUGAGAUAAAUUGUUAUCUUAAUGAUCUGUGCAAGUAUUUCCUAAUGACAUCAUCCAGUAUAUGACACACGAUAUAUUUUAGCACCUGAUUACUACCUUACUGAUCACACCCAUCCUUGUAGGCAUCACAUCGCUUGCUCAUUCAAACUAUGGGGUGCCUAAAGGCUUUGUUCUUGGGCCUCUUUUUGCAGUGUAUGUAGUAGCAGGUGUAUUAUCUAAUUCUAAUCUAUUGGACACAAACACGUACAUCAAAUUGCACAACAGGCAAUUGCACCAGGGUGAAAUAAAACCAUCUUCCAUCAGUAACCGAAUGGUGGGAGGGGUGUUUGAACAAUGACCGCAACAGUCCAACACUCAAACCAGAAAGGCAGGAACCUGUCAGAAGUUGCACAACUCUUUAAUGCAGGCUAGAACAAAAGUCACGGCUGCGUCGCUUGUCUUGCACCUUCUCUUCUCAGUUUUCUCCCCUACUGUCAAAUGUCUACGCUCUCUCUGAUCUGCCGACGGCUCCUCCAAAACUAACAACAACAACGCCGGACUACCGGCCCUCUACACAUCUAUAAAAUGAGGGUGUAAACCAGAUCAAAAAUGAGCAUCACCACUUAACAAUACUAAUAAUACACUCUUUAGUUUCUACACAUUAUCUUUAUUUAAUUAUACCGAUAGUAUUGUCAAAAGGAAUACUAACUGCUAUUUCAGUAUUUUUACUAAUUUUGUUACUCUACACCCUUUUGUUUUGUAUACUAAACCAAGUAACCAUGAGUUUUCACACAUACAAAAUCAUGAUCAC